AUGGCGCCUAUCAAACCGAAGACCAGCUCUAGCAAAGGCGGCACGAAGUCAAGCUCGAAACCCUCCGGCAAUAGCGCCCUAAAGAACAAGAAGCGGACCGCAAGCGCCGUUGGAAAAGCCGUCCAGAAGAAAUCCGCACCAAAAUCAGGGCCGCCAAAGAAGAAGAAGAGGAUCUACACGGAGAAGGAGCUAGGAGUACCGACAUUGAACAUGAUCACCCCGUCCGGUGUGCAGAAACCCAAGGGCAAGAAGAAGGGCAAGGUGUUUGUGGAUGAUCAAGAGAGCAUGAUGACCAUUCUGGCUAUGGUCAAUGCGGACAAGGAGGGUCAGAUAGAGAGCAAGAUGAUGAAGGCAAGGCAAAUGGAGGAGAUCCGCGAAGCCAGGAGGAAGGAAGCCGAGGCACGGCAGUACGACAAGCGUUCUAAGCUGGAGGAAACCAAGGACUCUCUACGCAAGCGACACAGACGCAAGGAAGACGCCUCAAUCACAGAACCCGACGCCGAUCCACAGCCUGAAAAGCCAAGGAGGCCCAGCAAAAAGCGAGUCUCGUUCGGAUGA